UCUCAAAACCGGACAUGAAUUUCCAUCUGUAAUUGAUAAUUGUAUUUAUUACUAUUUAGCAAUCGAUUCGAUACACUUGAAAUAAAUUUUGUGAGUGGGCUAUAAAUGUGCUAUAGUGAAAUGCUAUUAGUUUAUGUUGGUUUGUAAAACUAUGUUUACAUUUUGUAACGAAUAGUGUACGCGAAAAGGAAUAAUGGAGAAUGGACAAGAAGAAUUUGAUGACGGGUGCCCAGAUGAAAGGGUGACAACCCCGUGUCCGCCGUCUCCGCCCCCGAUUCCGCUGCAGACUUAUCUUUGGGAGGACGUUAGAAGGGAACGAAAAAAAGGGGGCUACCCUUGGACGCACUUCGUUAAGAGGCCUUUCGAUCCUGAUGCUCCACAGGAAAUUUUGGAGUACGACCGGUCCCCAGGCAGUAAACGUAAAUACGGAAGCCUAGAUGUUCAGGAACUAGAAGAGUCUCCGAGUGUCACUAGAAGAAGAAGAGCGGCAUCCGCUGGAGAGUCUUUGGGAAACGAAACCAGACUUAACGGUGAUACCAAACACAGGAGUAAAUCAGUAUCUAUAGAAGAACAAAUACCGAGUACCAGUAAUGCAUCGCCUAAAAGCAUUUUAAAAAAUCGCCCAAAAAAAAUUGAACUACCUGCUGCAUUGAAAAGGGGCGCUGAUAGAGACUCGCCAAAGGAUUCCGAAUGUUGUCACCCGUUCGUGGAUAAGUUAAAGACUAUAGCGGACAAGAAUAUUUUGAAGUCUCCAAGAGCUAUGAAAAAGUUAUUGAGACCAAGUCCCAAAAACAGCAAGAAACAUGCGGAUCCCCUGCAGGAGAUUGUCACUCUGGACGAAUCGCCUUCUGCAGAAAGGAGAAAACGUGAGACGGAGAAAAUAUUUGAAAAGUGUUCGCCCAAAAGAAAGGAUAGCAAAAAGUUCAAGGAUCACAUAUACGAAAGUAUAGAGGACUUACCAAAUAAAAGUCUAACAGAAUCAGUUUCUGAGAAAGAACUGAACGCCAUCGCCAAAUCUUUAUCGGAAGCCGAAGACAUCGGCAGAGUCACCGACGAUCUCAUAGCCCGUGACAGCUUGACUCGAUCCUUAGAUCAGUACCUCAAGGAAGAGCUUAUGAGCGCCGAAGACCAGGCCAUGAUCGACUCCAAGAACGAAAUCUUGCAAGACAUCCUGAAAAGAAUAGCUGAUGAGAACCAAGCACAAGCACCUUUGUCCAAAAUGGAUUCCGAGGAGGAAGAAAAAGCCAAACUGGUCAAGCAAAUGCCAAUACCUGAAAAGGAUGAGGAAAUGGAAAAUUUAGACGGCGAUAAAUGUCUAGUCAUCGAUAUUACGGAAACUGUAGAAGAAGAAAUUGUUGAUUUUAUUGUAAUGCCAGAUGAGGAUCAGGACAUUGUGAACUUUCAGAAAAAGGCGAGGUGUUCGAUUCCGUUCUACAAAAUGAGUGCACGUUGGAGAUCAGCCUCUCUCGGUUCCCAACCGAUUCAAAGACCAAAAGAGAGAUCCCGGGCAGGAAGUGCAGCUCCAGUAACACCAGAAGUAAGAUGUGCCUGCCAAUUUUUUCAAAGUGAUUCUUUACUUCCCGAUAGAAUUAAUCCCGUAGGCUCCAGAUCAUCUUCUAGAGCUGACAAAUCCGUAGAAUAUUACAAAUCAGAUUACAAUCAAGAUGUAUCAAUGGACAUGGAUGUUGACACGAUGGGAACUCCUCUACAAAAACAAGUACUGUCGACAGAGUCAUCUUUGCGUGAUUUUAUUAAAAAAUUAGAAGAAAAAUCUGGUGAUGUAACUGAUGAUAAACUGUAUGACUUGGAUCAAGAAUUGUCUGUGCCGGAGAUACAAAUAGAAUUCGAUAACAGAUCAGAGUCCAAACUACGUUUUGAUGAAUUUAUUCAGCAAAAAUUAAAACAAGAAGAAGAAGCUAAAAAAUCGUCUGAAAAACCACCACAACUCUUCGUAUCACGUCUAAGAGAUCGCUCCAAAGACGUUUACAUCCCUCCACAAAGAUCGAGCACCGAAGAGAGUUUCAUCGAUGACUUAGACUAUUUGGAUGAGCCAAAACUGAAACGAAAAACACAAUCCUUCAGAACUUUUUUCCAAAAAUCACCCAAAGAUAGACCAACAUCGAAAUCACUAAAACAUCGUCCCAGGUCUCGAAACAGACGACAGAGAAAACAGUCAUUUAAAUCUUGGCUUCAAAAAUCGGCAGACCAUGAGGAAGGUCCCAAAGAACAAAAUAUUAAAGAAAAAGAAACGGUCCUCUUCAAUCACAAAAUGGGUGACAACCCCGUGUCCGCCGUCUCCGCCCCCGAUUCCGCUGCAGACUUAUCUUUGGAGGACGUUAGAAGGGAACGAAAAAAAGGGGGCUACCCUUGGACGCACUUCGUUAAGAGGCCUUUCGAUCCUGAUGCUCCACAGGAAAUUUUGGAGUACGACCGGUCCCCAGGCAGUAAACGUAAAUACGGAAGCCUAGAUGUUCAGGAACUAGAAGAGUCUCCGAGUGUCACUAGAAGAAGAAGAGCGGCAUCCGCUGGAGACAGGAGUAAAUCAGUAUCUAUAGAAGAACAAAUACCGAGUACCAGUAAUGCAUCGCCUAAAAGCAUUUUAAAAAAUCGCCCAAAAAAAAUUGAACUACCUGCUGCAUUGAAAAGGGGCGCUGAUAGAGACUCGCCAAAGGAUUCCGAAUGUUGUCACCCGUUCGUGGAUAAGUUAAAGACUAUAGCGGACAAGAAUAUUUUGAAGUCUCCAAGAGCUAUGAAAAAGUUAUUGAGACCAAGUCCCAAAAACAGCAAGAAACAUGCGGAUCCCCUGCAGGAGAUUGUCACUCUGGACGAAUCGCCUUCUGCAGAAAGGAGAAAACGUGAGACGGAGAAAAUAUUUGAAAAGUGUUCGCCCAAAAGAAAGGAUAGCAAAAAGUUCAAGGAUCACAUAUACGAAAGUAUAGAGGACUUACCAAAUAAAAGUCUAACAGAAUCAGUUUCUGAGAAAGAACUGAACGCCAUCGCCAAAUCUUUAUCGGAAGCCGAAGACAUCGGCAGAGUCACCGACGAUCUCAUAGCCCGUGACAGCUUGACUCGAUCCUUAGAUCAGUACCUCAAGGAAGAGCUUAUGAGCGCCGAAGACCAGGCCAUGAUCGACUCCAAGAACGAAAUCUUGCAAGACAUCCUGAAAAGAAUAGCUGAUGAGAACCAAGCACAAGCACCUUUGUCCAAAAUGGAUUCCGAGGAGGAAGAAAAAGCCAAACUGGUCAAGCAAAUGCCAAUACCUGAAAAGGAUGAGGAAAUGGAAAAUUUAGACGGCGAUAAAUGUCUAGUCAUCGAUAUUACGGAAACUGUAGAAGAAGAAAUUGUUGAUUUUAUUGUAAUGCCAGAUGAGGAUCAGGACAUUGGCGAACUUUCGGAAAAAGGCGAGGUGUUCGAUUCCGGUAAAUAUGAAGAAGAGAAGAAGAAAGUUUCUCAGGAUAAAGAGUCGCUCUCGGAUAGCGGCGAGAAAGAUGAGCAGUUGGAUGCCAAAAGCCGUAGAUCAAAAUUCAGCGAUCACGAAUAUGAAUCCAUCGGCGACCCAGACUCGGAAGCCGGCCCAAAACCGACGUCAGCGGAGUCUAAUCAGAAUCAAAUCGAGCAUGAGACUUCGAGCUCGGUCCCAUUUCAAGAACCUUCACACCUUGAUGAACACAUUGAAUCCGAUAGAGAGUUGACCGUGGCAGAAAUGCAACAACAAAUAGAGGAUAAGUAUUUCAAAAAAGUUGAUGACACGUUAGUCAUGCCCACGACGCAAGCUGAUGCGCCCGAAAUGCUAGAAGAAGAUGAAGCAAAGGCUCCGACGAGGACAGUCGGUGAAAGGAGUAGAGACAUGCAGCGUAGGUUUAAAAAUCAAGCAGGCAAAUUGAAAACUAAAUUCAAAGGCAUGAAAAAACCCACGUUUACUAUGCCGGCACGUAAGAAACCUAGAAUUAGCGAUGAAACGACAACAGAAUUCCGACCAACCCAAACCAAAAUUAUCACCAAUGCGAAAUUAACGAUGCCCGAUUUUAAAAUGCCAGAUCGCCCUAAAAUUUCGAUGCCAGACUUUAAGAUGCCGGAACGUCCAAAGAUUUCGAUGCCACAGUUCAAAAUGCCAGAUAAAUCCAGAUUUAAAAUGCCCGAAAGACCACACAUGCCGGACUUUAAGAUGCCGGAUAGACCUAAGAUGCCCGAUUUUAAAAUGCCAGAUUUUAAAAUGCCCGAGAUGCCCGAUUUUAAAUUACCGAACUUGAAAAGACACAACUCGAUGAAAGAACCCCCGACAAGCAGCGAGUCUACAGCAGAGGACCCGAAAAAACGUAUAGUGUUUGAUUUUAAAACGUAUCCGAGAAUUUUCACAAAGAAACAACGCGAUCAGGAAUACCACACAUCAUCCCCAAAAGAAGAGAGAGUCAUUGAAAGUUCUACUGUUCCCAGAGCUGCGGCCAGGAAAAAAGGCCCUGUGGGGGCGCGUUGGGUCAAUCGCUUCACCGAUAUUAAAUUUGUCGAUGACGGCGACACGAAACGCGGAGACUUCGAGGACCGCCUUCAUCGCUUGGACGAAGACUACAAACAGAUGCAGCAGGAACAAGAAUUCGAUGAUAUUCAUCCAGAUUCGUUCAACGAAUCCAGUGAAGAUUACUCCGGGCACCAGAAUCGUUACUGGGCCGACGAAGUGGACAGCACCAGGCCUGAAUUUAAUUACGGUGUUAAGGUUGAUGGACAAGAAACACCUUCGUCAAAUAUGGAAGAGCGUGGAUCGUCCGGGGAGUCGUACGAGAAGCGUAGAGUAGGCGUGCUGGAAGAAAUAGAUGCCGAUGAGUUUUUUUUGAGGCAACGAGGAAUUUCGCAAGAUGAUAUCGAAGUCGGUAAGUAUCUCAGCUCGGAAAUAAGAGAUGCGUUUAAGACUCCAGUCAACGCUUUGGAGCAGGUCGGUUCCUAUAAUGGCUACGAAGAACGCGAUUUAGAUAUGAAUGAUUAUAGUGCUUCGCGUGACGUCGAUGAAGGCGAAGACCUAGAUAUGGAGGUAUCCUUGACGCCCUUGAAGCCUGAACGAACACGAUCAUUGCGCCGGCAGAAACCUCACAUUGAAGAUAUUAAUAGAGAUGAGGAAGUUUUUAAUGGUUUCAACACUUUUCCACCGAACAAACCUAGAAGGCAAAAGAAAGGUAAAAAAUACUUGGAGGACAAUGAACGUCCUGUGUACAACGUUGACAAAGAAUUCAACGAUGAAAACGACAGGAAUGUUCUCAAUAGAGACAAUAUCAACAAUUUCGAGAGCUUACUUUACGAAAAUCAAAUGAUGGAAGGAAAAACGCAACCUGACAUCAUGGUAGUGCACGAUGUAUUGCUUAAUGAUAUUAACAGAAGAAUGUAUGAGAACGACGAUUUUGAAAUAGGCGAUAAUGCUUACGAAAAUGAGGAAAAUAUUAAGAAUUUAUUGAUGGAGCAACAGGGACCUCCGCCGCGAGCUCCUAGAAGAAAACGUAAACGAAGCUUGAGGGAUGUUAGUGCUUCUUCGGAACCCGGUUCAAUUAUAAACGCUCAAUUUCAAGACGAUUGGCCAAGUUUAUCACAAUUGCCUGCUGACAUCGACGACGAGGUCAUAGUCCAUCGAGUUCAGCACGAAUAUAUUAUACCUCUAGCCGAAUCGGAACAAUUUCCAAGCCCCACCCCUCCUCGUCGUACCAGAUCCAGAUCACUUACGUCCAGAGCCACCACCGCUCCUGAUGAAGACAGAACUUCACACGGAGCAGAAUCUUUAGUUUCAGACAACGACAAGGACUUAUCAAGAAACAUUUUGGAUUUGCAAGACGCUUCAGGAUAUGCAGUUGUCAAACGCACGCCUUCAGUGCCAAAGAGGAGAAAGCGGUUUUCAAAGUCGGCGGAGACUAGACCUAGUUAUCAUUCUACACCCAGAAUGAAAGAACCUCCCCCCAGGCCACCACCGAGGAGACAAUCUGUACCGGAUUUGAGAGCCGAUUCUCUAGACGCCACACAGUAUGAAGAAGUUGAAAAUGAUAAAUUGAUGAUUGAGGAUUUGAAUUCUGGUGAUGUUUUGAAUAAAAUGAAAGAUAGACCAUUACCUGCUCCUCCACGACCUCCGAGAGCAGCAAAAAGAAAAAAGAAGCCCAAACAAGAUAACUUUGAUGGUAUCGACAGCAUAUCACCUUUACAAAAAGAACCAGAACAUGAGUUAGGUUCAAUUGAUAACUUGGAGGAUGAACUCUUACAUCGACGGAUGAUACAAGACAUUGCUAAUAGAAUGGUGAAUGAUGUUAUAGAAAAUGCUGAAAUGCAAGUAGAACAAGCAGGUAUCGAUGAACAUGAAAUGUGGACACAGACUGAUCCUUUACCUGAUUGUUUUGUAUGCGAAGAUGAUGGCAUUCAACCUGAUGAAGUUAUAUUAAAAGACGUUUGGAAAGACAAAAUAGCAUUACAAGACAUUAAUAAUUUCUCUACCAUCGAAAGGAAUAAAGAUGACUCGAGAACACAUAAAGAAGAUUCCAGUAGAUCUUCACUGGAUCCUUCUGAUGUGGAACGAGCGCGUAAAAUAGCUGACUCUGAUAGUUUAACACGAGGCCUUCGUAGAUUCAGAGAAUCUUCUAGACAGCGAACAUUUUCGAGUUCUAGAACGCCGUCAGAAAGAGCCAUGUCUGAACACGCUUUAUUGUUAGAACGAACUCUAGUCACACCGACAAAAGCUGAGGACACUGAUUUAUUAAUGACGGAAGCUAAAUUGCUUGUUCAACCUGUAGAUGAUGAAUUAGAUAUUGAUGAUUUAUUAGAAGAAAAAGCAAGAGAGGAGAAAAGGAAGCAAAUGCAUUUACAAACUGCAGAGGAAGAAGCUGUAGCCCAAAUUCCAAAUAUAAAAGAUAUUUGUUUGCAAGAGACUGAAGCCAUUUGUGAACUCGAAAUUGUAGACGAACCACCUGUACCUAUGAAAAGACAUGCUAGUUUGAAAAAAUCUAGAUCGAUCCCCACACAAGAAACAGAACCCGAGCAAAAACUAUCUGCAAGUGCAGAAGUAGAUAUAGCAUUAAUUAGAAGACAGCAAGAUGUCCCAGUGGCAUCCGCACCUACGUCAGAUGUCGAGAUAUUAAAGACAAACCGUCUACAAGUUUCAAAUUUGGAUGUAGAGAAUUUGAAUGUGUCGCAACUCCAAGCAAACUCAAUAAAAGUUUCAGAAGUGGAUGGUGUAGCAAUGCAAGUAAAAGAACUCAAUUCCAAGUCAGGUAAUUUAGUAGUUACUGGUAUUGACAUAGCUCCUACAAUAAUACAAGAAAUAAUAGGCAGGCUGACUCCUACCAAUAUGCACAAUACAGCCCAAAUUUCAACGCAAACAGAUGAACCUUACGAGUCAUCUAAAAAGCAACCAGAAAGUGUUCAAGAACAUCUUGGUUUUCCACCGACUGCAAUACAAAUCGAUCCAAGUCUUUACUUUAACCAAAAUCCUUACAUGCAACAAAGCUUAUACUAUCCUCAUCCAGGAUCUGUGCCACCGGCAUCUUUUUACACUUUGAGACCACCAGAUUUCUCAGAAGAAGAAGUUCAACAAGUCCAGCUCCCUAAACAGACACGAAGGAGACAUGCACCUAAAAAAGAGUCUACAUCUGAGGAAGAGCAACAAGAGACUGUGACAAGACACAGAAGAAUGGGAACAAGGUCACCAGAGCCAUCAAUUCAAGAGAUAACUGGGCAGCUGGUACAAGCAUGCAGUAAUUCAGUGCAAAGAAAUGCUCGUCAAAUUUGGAAUGCUAUUAAAACAAAAACAAACACAGAAGAAAGAAAGCGAGAAAUUCAAAUAGCUUUGAUUGUCUUACUUGUAUUCACAGCCGGAUUGAUAAUGAUUGCUCUGAGUGAUAACAAAACUGUCCAUCACCAUCACUGGGAAUUUUUUAAUCCUCCUACAUCUGAUAAAAAUGCCUAAAGUUUUAUUUAGGCUUAAACAAGUAUUUAAUUUAUUUGCUGAUUGUGAACGUGUUGAAUUUUUGCUUUUA